AUGGUGAAGGUUGCUGCGCUGCAAGAGAACGAACACUCCAAAGGACCAGUCCUCCCACCGAAGCCGGACAAUGACGGGACGGGAAUUCUGGUGGACUACCUACGGAACAGCUCGUCGGCGCUGCUCCGAUACGUGUUGGUGCCGGAGUGGCGCACUUCCUUCAAGAUCCUGUGGCUUGGUGUGACCGUCUGCCUGACCGGUCUGUUCGGAUUCAUCGUGAUGGUAAACUUUGAGCGCCUUAGAGACCCCACCGCGAAUGUGCUUGUAGUGCGUGCCGAGAGACCGUUGCCCAUCUGGAGUGUCCCGUUCCCGGCCAUUACGAUUUGCCCUCGGAAGCACCGAGGUGGUUGCUCAGGUGAAGCCACACCAAGGUUGGAAGAGUUUUGUGAGCUAAUUUGCUGGCAAGACGCGUGUACGAGCGAUUGCGAAAGUGUGCUGGAUGCGGUGCGGACCGAAAGGGGUCUUUGCUACACCUUCAAUGGAGUCACCGGGGAGGAGCUCUUCAAUGUCCAGAGUGUUGUCAACUCGAAAUAUCUCACGAACGGUAGCCGGGCGAUCGAGAACUGGGACUUUCGGUGGGAACACCCAGUGCCGGGCCAGACGGUCCUCGUGAAGCAGUAUCCCAGGGUGGCCCAAGACGUUUCCGGGCGGUACCGGUUGCGGAUACUGCUCAUCAAUGGCCAGAAUGACACGGAACCGUGUGCCAGUCCUGCCGUCGACGUUCACAUUCAUUCACCGAUCGAUUUUCCUUUCAAGCCCACCAAACCCGUUCCGGUGGUGAUCGGAACGAAGGUUCAGCUGAAGGUUCUCCCGAGCCUGACCAGAACUCAGCGAUACCUGAGGUACUUCUCCGCACACACUACCGGGUGUUACCGGCAGGUACAAAACCCACUGAAGCUGUUUGCCAUCUACACGCAAAAUAACUGUGAACUUGAGUGCCAGGCGGGAAUGUUCCGCAACAAACGUGGCUGUGUCCUGGAGCAUAUGCCUCGGACUAACGAUACGGCCGUUUGCAACGCCAGCGCCAACUACCGGCCGUACGAGGUACUCGAUAAGAAUGCGAUCGCUCAAAUGCGUGCCGAAGCCAUUCCACGAUCUCAGUACUUCCGGUGGGCCUGCAACUGUCUUCCGGCCUGUCUAGACUAUGGAUACAGCUACGAGGCGAGUACUUUGCGUCUCCAAGAAUACUUGGCGGUGACCAACGAAACGGAUUCACUCACCGCGGAGCUCCUGGUGGAGGUUGACGAGGAUCACUUCUAUCCCUCGGUGCGGAGCGUCCGGUACGGGUUGCUAGACUUUGUGGCCGACGUCGGUGGACUGAUGGCCCUGCUGCUGGGUGUUUCCGUGGUGUCACUGUUGGAGGUACUGUUUUUCUGCCUCCUAAAGCCCGCCCUGUCGUGA